CUGAUCUCAACUUACUGCACCACCUUAACAUGCUCAAAUCCAUGAAGCCAACAACCAUGAAGUUCCUCUGCAGCUACGGUGGCAAGAUCCUUCCCCGUUAUCCCGAUGGCAAACUCCGUUAUCUUGGCGGUGAAACCCGUGUCCUCGCCGUGGACCGCUUGAUCUCUUUCUCUGAGCUAUUGUUGAAGCUCGGCGUGUUGUGUGGCACAUCAGUGAGUCUGCGAUGUCAGUUGCCAACGGAGGAUCUAGACGCUCUGGUGUCGAUUACCUCCGAUGAGGAUCUUGCCAAUCUCAUCGAGGAAUACGAUCUAGCAUCGCCACCGCCUUCUUCUCUAAAGAUCAAGGCCUUCCUUUCGCUGCCUAAAAAAACCUCUCCUCCUCCUUCAUCGGCUUCAUCCUCGUCCUCCUCCAACUCAUCUAUGUAUUGUAGUGGUUCAAUUUCAAGAUCUUCGAUGCCGGCGAAUGACCGGUGCUAUCACCAGAUCCGGAAGCCGGUUGGACUUUCAGUGAAAUCUGCUGGGAAGAGGCCUCACUAUACCUACCAUGCUCAUGGAAACCCUAGCCAAAUCUACCUAAUCCACAACGGGAACCAUUGCCAAUAGUACUCCCGGAGCUGAGACCCAAACAAAAGAUGCAAAUAUACUACAAAGACUCGUAUCUUUAAGAAAAAGAAAUCGGAAUAUAGCACAAUAUGAUGUAAUUGGGAAAAAAAAUCUCCAUAAGAAGGAUUGCUUUUUCAUUUUCAUCAGUUCCAUGGACAUUAAUGAAUUUCCAGCCCAAGAAAAUCUGGUUGUUUUGUGA